UUUAUGAUAAAAUGCUUUUUUGCAAAAUUCAGAAUUAUGCUUAAAAUAUUUCAUUCAUAUAUACCCUAUUCUUUUAAAAUUACUCUGCUUUUUGUGUUUAAUUUUUAUAAAGUUAGAUGUUUUAAUUAUUUGUAUUUAUUUUUCAGACGAAAUAAUGAAGUAUCUAGUGAAGAAAAUGAAUCUAGUGAAAGUCAAUCUGAUGUUGACGAUAUUGAGAGAAGCGGCCAACCGUCCACCAGCUACUCCGGCGCCUCCAAUGCCCCUCUUGCCAACGAGACUGAAGGUUUCAUUCUAAUACGACGAAAUAAUGAAGUAUCUAGUGAAGAAAAUGAAUCUAGUGAAAGUCAAUCUGAUGUUGACGAUAUUCUGAAAAGUGAAAAAGCAUCAAUAAAGCGUUUUAUAAAUGCUAAAUUUGAUAAAUUUAAUGAAAUAAUUAAUCAAGCAUCAAAAAAAGUUAAAAAAUUGAAAAAAACAGUUCUAAAACAUAAACUCGCUAAUUAUGAAUUAACAAGAAAGAAUUUAGAUUACGAAAAUACUUUAAAAAUACAACAAGAUCAAAUAUCAAAAAUUGAAGAAACGUUCAAAGAAAAAGUUUAUAGUGUUCUAGAAAGUGAAUUUCAAUGUCCAAUUUGUAAUGAAUUAAUGGUUAAG